UACGUCAACCGCCGUCCAUCUCAAGUCCUCGAGGUCAUCUGGACGCCCCGUCGAAUCACUGCGCCGCACGAGAAUCAUGUGCGACGCUCCUCUUUGACUGUAUGCGGCGUGAUGACCGACCGGUUUCAUGAGUUGUACAAACGCUUCGCAACAUCGUGACCCGUCGCCUCCCCCCGUCAUAGCAGCGCACUGCGUGGCUUUUCUUGUAAAUCCACCCUUUCUGCUCGACACUGCCGAUCGCUACCAUGCCCCAGGUUCGACGGCUCUUACACAAUGGCUUGCCCGGCUGCAUCUCUGCGAUUUCAUCCAAAGUGCCUUGUCUUCCUGCCUGCCCUUCGACCGGCUUCGGCUGUUACUUGACCUGUCGCAACCGUAUUGUUGUCCUAUUUUCCUUUUCCAAAUUCCCCAGACUGGCCUCACUUUCUUCGCCCCCUCCUACAUGGAACGCGUGACCAGGCAGAGUAUUUUUUUUUUCUUUUCCUCCAAGCUGUAUCUCGGUCCGUGGGUCCGGCUGAUGCAUCUUGUGCCCAUCUUUUCCCCCACAGCAGAACCCCACAUGUACCGGCCAGACACCGCCAGGGUCCAAAAAUGCAGUAAAGGUUUUGUAAAUCACCACUCUUGCACGCUGCCAUUGGCUGGGAGUCAGCGAUAAUUGUCUGCGGCUCCAGGUCGAGACCGUAAACGGAGUAUUAUUGUCCGGCAUCGAGCCUCUCCAUGUCUACCUUCCACUCUAUGGGCUAUGCAUGCUCCGUCUUCGACCCU